CUUUGCAUCACUUUCCCUCUCAUUCUUCUUCCUUAUCUCUCUCUCUCUCUCUCUCUCCCCCUAAUUAAUGACUCGUGACUCCAACUUAACUACUUUAAAACCGCCGCACUUCUCAUGAGUCCUGUCUCUCUUCUUCUUCCUCAUCAUCAUCAUCACUGUUAGCCACUCCUCUGAUCUUCUCCUCCGCCAUGCGCUCGCCGCAUGACUUCCGCAACGGCGAAUCUCCGACAUACCGAGACCGUACUCACUUCCACUCCACCGUCGCAGCUCAGAAGCUCCGUCGCUUCAAUUCCCUGAUCCUUCUCCUCCGCUUAGCCUCUUUCUCCUUCUCCCUCGCCUCCGCCGUCUUCAUGCUCACCAAUUCCCGCGGCUCCGGUUCGCCUCACUGGUACGAUUUCGACGCUUUCAGAUUCGCGUUCGUGGCAAACGCGAUCGUGGCGAUAUAUUCCGUGUUCGAAAUGGGAGUUUGCGUUUGGGAAUUUUCAAGAGAAACAACGUUAUGGCCUGAAGCGUUUCAGGUGUGGUUCGACUUUGGUCACGACCAGGUGUUCUCUUACCUGUUGCUAUCGGCAGGAUCGGCUGCAGCAGCAUUAGCUAGAACGAUGAGGGGAGGUGACACGUGUACGGCCAACAAAGCCUUCUGUUUGCAGUCAGAUGUAGCCAUUGGCUUAGGCUUUGCUGCUUUUCUGUUCCUCGCCUUCUCUUCUUGCUUAUCUGGUUUUCGAGUUGCUUGUUUUCUCAUUACAGGCUCUCGUUUUCACCUUUAGUAGUAGUGAGUGAUUCUUAAUGAAAAAAAAAAACAGUUUGUUACAUUUGUGUUAUGGAGUUGAUGUGUUAGAGUUUUACCAUAUAAAUAUAUAAGACAACAAAUUUGAUGAA